AUGUCGACAAGCAACGUCCCAUACCCAUUCCAUUUCGAAUCGGCCGCGCCCUCGGGCCCGCAGAACGGUACAGCUUCCAACGUUGAGAUCCAGUUCCAAAAUGCGCGGGGUAAAAUUCCGUCUCUACAAGCCUCGCGACUUCGCACCAUGAUGCUGGAGGCACGCAAUGACCCCACGAAGAUCCUCGCUCACGCCUGUUCCUACGAUGGACUCUCAUCUCGUCUUAUCGAGGAAGCUGGAUUUCCGAUGGUUUUCCUCGCGGGAUACGCGGUCGCUAGCUCUCAUGGCAUCCCAGAUACGGGGUACAUCGCGAUGGCCGAAAUGUGUGAUAAGAUUCAGGAAAGUGUCCGACAGGUCUCGGUCCCGGUCAUGGCCGAUGGGGAUACCGGAUAUGGAAGUCCGAUGAACGUGAAGCGAACUGUGGAAAGCUUUGCCGCAGCGGGUGCAGCAGGUGUGAUGAUUGAAGACCAACAAUGGCCAAAACGCUGCGGACAUACCAAGGGCAAAGAUGUGGUCUCUCGUCCAGAGGCCUAUGCUCGUAUCCAGGCUGCAUGUGAUGCCCGAAAUGAAGGAAGAGAUAUUUUUGUCUUGGCGCGAACCGAUGCAUUGAUGUAUGGAUGGGAUGAAGCCAUGGCGCGAGCUCAAGAAUUCAAGCGAAUUGGAGUUGACGCAAUUUUUAUCGAGGCCCUGCCGGAUCGCGCAUCUAUGAAAAGAUGUGCAGACGAGAUUGAUAUUCCCGUGUUUGCCAAUAUCAUUGAAGGGGGUAAGACGGAAAACAUAUCUGCGAAGGAAUUGGCCGAGCUGGGAUACAGUGCAGUUGCGUAUCCAUGGACACUUGUGGCGGCACACCUGAGAAGUAUUCGGGAGGCAUUGGAUGGUCUCAAGAGAAGUUUUACUAACGGUGCACCCCCUACGAUUCUGACGUAUGAUGAGGUCUGCGAUGGUGUUGGUUUCAACAAGUACUGGGAACAUGCCGACAAGUACAAGUACAACUGA